AACACAGAUUAUGACGUCUACCAACACAGAACUUUUAAUAUAAGAUUAACCAUAUUUUAUUUGCUUAUACACCUACACCCAAAGGUUUUGUAUCAAAAGAACCAGGACGAUCUACACCUUACAGUCAGCGGUCCGGACGGAAAACGCUUGCUGCAUGCUUUUGGAGAAUACGACGACUUCCAAGUAAAAUUCACUGACAGUGCUAGUGAAGAGAGAGGCACCUAUGAAAUGUGCUUCGAGAACCAACAUCUACUAGAAGAGACGGUAGUGUACGUUGAAAUGUAUGUUGAGUACGAGAGUAUGUGGGGUAUGAUACUGGCCAGCGCUCAUCAUGACAAGUUGCGCAAUGUUACGACCUCCUUGAAGAAGAUAUCAGACAGAGUACAGAGAAUGGAUCUCCACGCCGGGCUGAUCUCCCAGUGGUACCAUAAAGACUCCCUCACGUUAAAGUUUAGCAACAAGAACAUCGACAACUUCGGCAUGUUGAUCUGUGCGCUGAUUAUCGGUUCUGGACUGCUGCAGGCGUUUUUUAUCAAGAAACUGUUUCUCCGCGCACAGGAGGAGUUAAGGAGCGACCCGCCUGUACUGUCUGAACAACCCAGAAAGGCGUCCAAUUCCAGAUUAGCCUAGCUAGCUAUAUAAUAGAAUUCACAAAGCAAUCAGUUCUAGUAGAUGGGUGCAGCAAAAUGUAUUUUCUAGCGGACCAUUUCAUCUCUCAAUUUGGACAAUUUCUACUCUUUCAAACCGCCUCCCGAGGCCUGCUAGAGGCUUCAAACUGAUGGUAUCAUAUCUCACUAACACACUGUAGUGAUUGUGUACACUACAAUCAUCAAUUUGCUUAUGAGUCAUUCUAUGAAAGGAAGAAGGAAUUUCAUAUUGGGUUUAACUAAGAGAAAUUGCUACCUUUAACUGACGGUUACUCGAAUACAGAGUGAUAAAAGCUGUUUUGUAUUUCAUAUUUAAAAGCUUCAUCAUUAAAAUGUUACAUAGAA